CAAAUAUCCAAACACUGUGGAGUUACACUGCAUUUAUUAUUUUGUCAAGUAUUUAACACACUGGGAAUUGACUCUGCUGCAUAUUUCAUAUCCAAGAAGGCAUCAUAAUAGUGGACUUACAUAAGAAGAUACUUGGCAAUGGCCUAUGAAGAGGAACAGCCUUCUGCAGGAGUCAGGUUUGUCUGCCUCGCUGUUGAUAUUUAGCACCAGAGAAGCGGAGAAAGUUAUUGAAAGUAUCAUGCCACAUAAGUGGGAGAAUGAUAGGAGAAAGAGCAGCACCACCAGUGCUCUGAAGAUGGAUCGAAAGAGCAAUGCUGGGAACAGGAAGUCAAGAAAGUUUCGCUCCAUUUCAAGAUCACUUAUACUUUGCAAUGCCAAAAACAGUGAUGAUGGGUCAAGUCCUGAUGAGAAAUGCCCUGAUCCCUUUGAGAUCUCCACCAGUUGGGGUCAAGAGGAUUUUGACUGCUGUCCUAGAACACAACUGCCAUGCACAUCAGAGACAGAAGACAGCCCACCUGAUCCUCCUUGUGUGAUCACCAGCAUGGUCCAGUCCAAAGCUGCAGCAAAUGAGAACUGCAACAACAUGAGAAGAAAGUUACUCAGCAAGGACAGCUGCAUCUGCAGGCUGUGUACAACCACAGGGAACAGCAGCUCAGGAAUCAAGCUCUCUAGGAGUCCAAACUCUGCAUCUCUCUGGAAAGGGUUCACAGGCAACCACGUGCCAGCUGGAGGUGCAGCAAACAGGGAUGGUUGUCUGAACCCAGGGGAUGAACUGUUAACACUAAAUAGACAAUCACUUAAAGAUCUGUCCAGCAAGGAGGCUGAAUCUCUCAUUCACCCAACCACACGGCUGGAAACACCAACCUGUAAGGAAAGGCCUUUGGAAAUACAAAAUGGUUUUCUGCACAGUAAAGCUCCAUGUCAACGGACUCGCAGUAACUCAACCAGUGUGAACACGUACUGGGCAGGGGAGAUGGACUGCGCAGCGCCCAGGAAAGCCGUACCCUUCAGAGACCGGCAGCCCCACCCUCUCCCCACCAGCCGCAAAUCUCUUUCCCAACAGCUGGACUGCUCUGGAGGGAGAAUGCCCGCAAUUUCGAAGCCAUCUAGAUCACUAAGUACAGCACAGCUAGUGCACACAUCCUGUGCCUCACAGGCUUCCGUAAUCUCAAACAUCGUACUGAUGAAAGGACAAGGGAAGGGUUUGGGCUUCAGUAUUGUUGGAGGGAAAGACAGCAUUUAUGGACCAAUAGGCAUCUAUGUCAAAACCAUCUUUCCUGGUGGAGCUGCUGCUGCUGAUGGAAGGCUACAAGAAGGUGAUGAAAUCCUGGAACUGAAUGGAGAAUCCAUGCAUGGAUUAACACAUUAUGAUGCAUUACAAAAAUUCAAGGCCAAAAAGGGUCUUCUGACACUUACAGUCAGGACAAGCUUCAGCACACCUCAUUCUGCUUCCAGCUGUCUGUCACCCCACUUGUGUCAGUCACUGAGCUCUAGUACAUGCAUAACCAAAGAAAACAGCUCUUUCAGUUCAGAAAGUGCAGCAUUCUCAUUAAACGCUACAAAGCCCAAUGACAGGGUCAUAAUGGAAGUUACCCUAAACAAAGAGCCAGGUGUUGGCCUUGGAAUUGGGUUAUGUAGCAUUCCUUACUUCCAGUGUAUUUCGGGGAUUUUUAUUCACACCCUCUCACCAGGCUCAGUGGCACAUAUGGAUGGGAGACUCAGGUGUGGAGAUGAAAUUAUUGAAAUUAACGAAGCUUCAGUACAAAAUACAACUCUUAAUGAAGUUUAUGCUGUGCUAAGCCAUUGUGAUCCUGGUGCAGUGCAGAUUAUUAUUAGCAGACACCCUGAACCACAGGUGUCUGAGCAACAGCUAAAAGAUGCUGUUGCACAAGCUGUGGAAAACAACAGAUUUGGAAAGGAGAGACACCAAUGGAGUACUGAAGGUGUUAAAAAACUAGAAACGAGCUGGCAUGGAAGACACCCAUGUGAAAAACAUAUUGAAAGGAAUGCUGCUCAUUGCAACCGCAGGACACAGAAGCUAAUGACCCGCUCCAGCAGUGACAGCAGCUACAAUCCUAGAUCCUCAUGUAGUAAUGGUGCUGCAUACCAACUGACUGACUUGAAAGCAAGAGUCCAUAGCAUUGAUGCACCAAUUACCAGACAGCCUGGCCUGCUGUACUCAUUGUCUGGUAAUAAUUCAGAGAGAAAUCCCCCUCUGACUUGUAGUGAGGGAGGUCGACCGUCGCAAAACACUAAGAAAUCAUCAGAGAUCCUUGUUAGAAAACCUAAAUCAUCAAAGCCCAAACCUCCACCAAGGAAAUAUUUUAAGCAGGACUGUACAUGUAGUGACCAGUGUACCGCAGACAGAAGAGAAAAGCUUGUAUCGGAAGUGGCUGUAUCACCUUCUGCAAGUGUUCAGGGGAAGGAGGAAGGCAAAGUGACUUUGUAUGAUGGCAGGAAGAAAGGCAGGGAAGAAAGAGAAACAAAAAAAGAACCAAUGCUAGAGGGACAUCAAACUGAUGUAACCCACAGUGUCUUUACCACUUCUCCUACGGCAUAUGAUACUGAACACAUAACUGCUGCUCCAGCAGGCAGAGAUCAAGAAAGAAAAGCAAACUUAGGGAAUCCACUUUCAUCAAUACAAAGGCCUGUACUUAAAAGACAAGCACGGGUAGAUUACAGUCUUGAUACAACAACAGAAGACCCUUGGGUUAAAAUUUCUGACUGCAUAAAAAGCUUAUUUAAUCCUACCAUGAGUGAAGACAAUGUCCACUUAGAUUUGCAACCUGGCAUCAACACAAACAAAGAGAAUCAAAACCAAAGCAGCUCAGAGACAGUUCUGAAGAAAUCAGAAUCAGAAACAGUCGGUUCAAAAGUGCUAAAAUCAGAUGACAAUGACAGCGUGAAAAAGGGUCCUCCUGUUGCACCUAAGCCAGCCUGGUUUCGCCAAAGUCUGAAAGGAUUGAGGAAAGCUAAUUCAGAUCUAAAAACACAGGCAGAUCAAAGUCCUCCUGACUUAGAGAGUAAUUCCAGCAAAGAACUGCAAUCCAGCUUAUCCCGUGUGUCUCCUAGGGGAUCAUCAAUAAAACAAAGAAUAAGCUCAUUUGAAUCCUUGAGUGCUCCGCAGUCACCUGAAAAAAUACACCGAAGGUUUAGCCUGAAACCAUCAGUCCAGAAAGAACACUCUCCCACUGCAACAGGGUCAGAAGUGGCUCCAGCUCAUUUAAACCAAGCCUUUCUCCAACAUUGUGAAACUAGCCAACAACAGUCAAAGUCACCUGUGGUCAUGGGUACAAAGAGCCUAGACAGAUCUUCCACUCCCAGGGAGGUCCUUGCGGCUAGCUCAGAGAAAAGCAACAAUGCUAGCACUGCAGAUUCCUCGCAUCUCUUAACUACAGAACCCAUUGCAACUUCUCAUCUUGUAUCAGUAGCAAAAGCACACAGCCUUAGAUCACGAAGCUUCCCACUUACUGCUACCCAGUCUUGUGAGAUGACGAAGCUGUAUGAUGAAAAGUGUAGCAAAAUCUAUUCCAUCAGUAGCCAGGUGUCAUCUGCUUUAAUGAAAUCUUUGCUUUGCCUUCCUCAGUCUCCAGUCUCCUCUGGAAACAGUGCAUGGGAAACGUUGGACACACUGUCUCAGUCCUCUGUGGAAGAGGAUGGGACUUCUCUCUCACCCGCAAGUGAGAAUCAUCACCUGGAUGCUGGGUUUUCACUAAACCUCUCUGAGUUGAGAGAAUAUACUGUGAGCCUAGCAGACAAUGAGAAAGAGGAAGAGAAACAGGAACACGGCUCACCUCAAGCAUCCGGUGUGUCAGGGCAGUCUGUCAUCUCUCUGCUUUCCCCUGAAGAGUUAGAAAAGCUUAUAGAGGAAGUCAAAUCGCUAGACGAAGCAACCUUAAAGGAAUUUGAUGAUAUUCAUGUUACAAUUUUGCAUAAAGAAGAAGAUACCGGGCUUGGAUUCAGCCUGGCAGGGGGCAUUGAUCUAGAAAACAAAGUGGUAACAGUUCACAAAGUGUUUCCCAAUGGACUAGCAUCUCAGGAAGGAACUAUUCAGAAAGGAGAUGAAGUACUAUCCAUUAAUGGAAAGUCCCUUAAAGGUGCAACUCACAACGAUGCCUCAGCAAUCAUGCGACAGGCUCGACAACCCAGACAAGCUGUUGUUGUCACUAGAAAAGCUAAAGAUGGAGAAAAAAAUCUCAAUGUUUCAAUUGACUCUAGUGCAUCUUCAGUAGCAAGUGAUGCCUCACAAGAGCCUGCAACUGAAGAUACAAUCUGCACUGUAACUCUAGAAAAAACACCUGCUGGUUUAGGAUUCAGUCUGGAAGGAGGGAAAGGCUCUAUUCAUGGAGAUAAACCCAUCAUCAUCAACAGGAUAUUUAAAGGGACUGCAUUAGAACAAAGCAGCCCUGUUCAGCCGGGUGAUGAGCUAUUACAAGUGCACACAACUGCCAUGCAAGGACUCACUCGUUUUGAAGCGUGGAAUACAAUCAAGGCAUUACCUGAUGGGCCCAUCACAGCUAUCAUCAAGAGGAAGAAUCCAAGCUCUGUUACCACCAAGUCAUCUGAAACUUUGUAACAGAAGGAAUUAGACUACUGCCAAUAUUACAAACAAAAAAGGAUUUUAUUACUUGCAGCCAUUUGGCUAUCACAGCAAGAUACUCAGAAAGUGCAUUUGAAAAGUACACGUGAUCUUACUGCCAGUUACAGAGCAAGCUGUCUGUGAUAAGAUGUGCACAAAAUGUGCACGAUUCUUAUUUCAACAUUCAGAAACAGAUGUUACAAAGUGUAGAAUUAUAAAAUAAUGACUUUAUUAAUAAUAUACUGGUUGUAAUAAAAUAUGUGACAGCUAC